AUUUUAUGUAUCUUGCAGCAUGAGAAGGCAUCUCAAGACAUGUUUGACCAUCUGGUGAAAGAAAAUGGCUUGAUAAGAAUCAUGGAGCACCACGGCCUGGURCCUCAGGAGGACCUUCCCUUUAUAAAAGAGCUGAUCGAUCCUCCAGAAGUUGAAAAKAUUACUGAGUGGCCGCACCAUGGCCGUCCCAGAGAGAAGGCCUUCCUCUAUGAAGUUGUGUCCAACACAAGGAACAAGAUUGAUGUGGAUAAGUGGGAUUAUUUUGCUAGGGACUGCCAUCACCUGGGUAUGCAGAACAACUUUGACUGCCGCCGCCUGAUUAAAUUUGCCAGAGUGUGUGAAGUCGAUGGGAUGAUGCAGAUCUGUUACAGAGAAAAGGAGGUGUUCAAACUGUACAACAUGUUCUACACAAGGUUCUCUUUGCACAAAAGAGCCUACCAGCACAAAGUGGCCAACAGCRUAGAGUGGAUGAUCAGAGAUGCUUUUCUGAAAGCAGAUAAGUACAUGAAGCUCGAAGGCAAGGAUGGGAAGUUCACACUCUCCACAGCUAUUAAUGACAUGGUGGCAUAUACUAAGCUGACUGAUACUGUAUUUGAUCAGAUAUUGAACUCCUCCUCUGAGGAGCUUUGGGAGGCAAGAGAAAUACUGGCAAGGAUAAUGCAAAGAAAGCUCUACGUGUGUCUGGGAGAAUUUACACAACAACCUGAGGCGAAUAUUAAAGAUGAAUGGAAGACACAUCUCGGACGGGGAAACCCAGACGAUUAUGUAGUGGAAUUAGUCAAGUAUAACUAUGGAAUGAAGACAGAAGACCCCAUAAAACGUGUGAGGUUCUACAAAAAGCAAAACCCAGAUGAGGCCGGGCCUAUCGACAAAGCUGAG